AUGACGUCCUACGAGUACGCCCCGCGAAUGAAGUCUCAGCGACUCGUCGACCGCGCCAACCGAGACAGACACGAGGCAGAGCUGAUGAGACAGCAACAGCAGAAACCCAUCAGCAAGCCCCAAGUGGCGGAUAUCUGUCCUGGGCUGAACGAGAUAACGGACGCCCUAGAAGCGUUUCCGUGCGACCUGAUACGCUAUUUCACGCUUCUGCGGGAGAUCGACGCCAAAUGCGUGUACACCAUUCCGUACCUGAAGGCCUACAUCACACGGUUUCUCCAGAUCAAGCGGACGCAUCCGAAGAGAGAGCUUCUGCUGGAGAGAAUCAAAGACCUGAUCAAAGACCUGAUGCCGUGCCUCGAGGAGAAAAUGCAUGUGGCCACCAUAGCUUGUGACACUGUCGCGAAACAUGUCAAUAGAAUAAACCAGAACUACGAGAUUGUGCUCCAGAACGAGAUCCCCGAGAAAGUCAGAAUCGGGCCCUUGAUCCAUCCGUGCAUGAAGGUGACGGAACACAAGAGCGCACAAUCGCAGCGCAGCGAGAGCCGCAGAGAGGCCCUUGCUGCCAAGAAGGCAUCGCGCACAGAGACAGAGGUGGAAGACGAGAGCGCAAGGAACACGCCGGUCCCGUCGAACGGCACGCCGUCGUACGCAAAUCCGUCGAAAAAGGUGAAGAAGGACAGAAAGGACGGCGACCAUCUCGACGCUGCAGCCGCACAGUCGCUCUCCUCCAAGAAACGGAAACCGUUGCCCGGCUCGGUCGACGAGUCCAGACGGGUGAAAUCAUCAAAGCCCAAAAAGGAAAAGCGGGUCAAGGACGAAUACGCAAAUACCACCGGCGGCUCGACGCCAACACCUGUGCCUACUCCUGUGUCUGCUGCCAAGUCCGAGUCCGCAGCCACGUCUCCGUACGACGCAGAGCCUGUCUAUUGCUAUUGUCAGCAAGUGUCGUACGGAGAGAUGGUUGGGUGUGACGGUGAGAGCUGCGAGCGCGAGUGGUUCCAUCUGCCGUGUACGGGCCUGAAGGAGCUGCCGCGUGGCGAGUGGUACUGCGACGAUUGCAAAGUGAAACUGAGGAAACGCUAG